AUGAACUUUUUUGGACCAAGCUAUGAACCAAAUAAAUUAAAAGUACAACUUAAAUUAGCAGUUAGUAGAUUGCAAAUUUUAAAAAAUAAAAAAGCAAAUAUAGUUAGAGAUGAAAAAAGAAAUGUCGCAGAAUUAUUAAAGAGCAAUAAUGAAGAAUCAGCACGUAUUCGUGUUGAAACCAUUGUUAGAGAUGACAAUUUAAUUGAAUGCUAUCAAAUUAUUGAAAUUUUAUGUGAAUUGUUACACACCAGAAUUCAAUUGAUCUCAUGUUCAGAUCAAAUACCAAUAGAAAUAAAAGAGGCAAUUUUUACAUUAGUUUAUGCAUCACAAAGAAUUCAAAUUCCAGAAUUAGAAAACAUCAAAAUACAACUAAAAGCAAAAUAUGGCAAAAAUUUAGAACAUGAAGUUAAUUGUCAAUGUGGCACACAUGUUAACCCAAAGAUUGUUCAAAAACUAAGUUAUGCAACACCAGAUCCAGCAAUAAUUUUCCAAUAUUUAAAUGAUAUAGCAUCACACUAUAAACUAGACUAUUGUUGUCAAGCACCUAUAAUUAUACCAUCUCCACAAACACAGUUUAUUAUUGCUUCACCUGACCAAGCCAUGAUGAUGCAACCACAACCCAUCAUACCCCAACCCAUCACCCAAAAUUUCCCACAACAAUCACAACAACCACUUCCAUUACAACCAAUGCAAAAUUUCCCACAACAAUCACAACAACCACUACCACAACAACCUGGUAUGCCAUCUUUCCCAGUUAUGGUAAUUCCACAACAACCAACUGUAACACAAAUCCAACAACAACAACAAAUUCAAAAACAAUAUCAACAACCACCACCACAAUAUCAACCAUCUGCUCCACCAUCCACAUUUAAUGUAUCCCAAUUUCCAUCAAUACCAACACAUAACGACAAUAACAAUAACAAUAAUAAUAAUUUUAAUAAUAGUGGUGAUAAUUUCCCAAGUUUCCCAAAUAAUAAUUUUAACAAUAAUUCAAAUAACAAUUUUGGUGGAUUCCCAUCACCACCUCCAUACCAACCAUCAUCCAAUGGUGGUGAUACAAAUUAUCCUGACUAUGAUGAAUUAACUGCCAGAUUUGAAGCUUUAAAAAAAUCAAAUGGUUUUUAA